AUGGGAAAGACAAAAUCGAGAGGAAGAAGAGCUGAAAAGAAGGAGGCUGAGAAAGAGCUUUUGCAAAACGCUCAAUCAUUAGCAGGUGAAAACGAUUCAAAAGUCUCGCAACCUUCCAAUAUUCCAAACACAUUCUUUGGACUUGUCGAUUCGACAGAGAUUGAAUAUUUCAAACAAGCUGAAUCUACAUUAAACAUAAACGCCUUUGAAACCGAUGAAGAGAGAAAUGGGUUCAUUAGUUCAGUGUUGGAAGAAGCGCAAGGUAAAGAGUUGAAACUUGUAACGAAUCAAAUAUGCUCAAAACUUAUGGAGAGGUUGAUCUUGUUUGCGGACUCCUCUCAACUCAAAGCAAUUUUUGAGACAUUUUCAGGUCAUUUCGCAUCAUUGGCUUUCCACAAGUAUUCGUCGCAUGUUUUGGAGACAUUUUUGGUCAGAGCUGCUGCAUUGAUUGAAUUGGAGUUGACUCAAACAGAUGAGGACUAUAAUGAAGGACACGGUGAAGAGCGUGACAAAGACUAUAAUGAAGAACAAGAAAGAAGGCAAAAAGUACAAGAACAAAGUCUGUCGGAGAAAAAAUCGGUUGAGGAAAUGUUCCUCAAUAUGGUCAACGAACUUAAACCAUAUUUGAGUACUAUGAUAGAUCAUCAGUAUGCAUCACAUGUUUUAAGAUUAUUGAUUUUGAUUCUCGCCGGGAAGGAGCUUCCAUCUACAACCACUUCUAAUUCAACAUUGAGAUCCAAAAAGUCAAAAAUUGCAAGAAAAAUGAUUGAAAUCAAGGAUAAUGAAGAUUUUGAUAGGGCUUAUCAAACACCGCCAUCAUUUAAAAAUGAAUUGCGAGAAUAUAUACAAAUCAUCACCAAGGAUUUAGAUACCAAGAGAGCUAGAGAAUUGAGUAUACACAAGGUUGCGUCGCCAGUGUUGCAACUAAUUAUCCGCGUUGAGGGUUUAGUCGAUCGUGAAAGAACUUUAUGGCACUUGGUGUUUGCAAAACAAUCUGAAGAGAAAGUUCCCGAAGAGGAAUCAUUCGUUGAAUAUCUCUUGUCAGACUCCGUUGGGUCUCAUUUCUUUGAAGGUAUUAUCAAAAAUGAUGGUGCUAGACCGCAAUAUAUUGAACGGUUAUACAAAUUAUACAUGAAAGAUCGAGUUCUUAAAUUGGCAAGAAGAGCAACUACUGGUGUUUAUAUUAUACAAGCAUUGAUGUUCAAACUCAAACCUGUGGAAGUUGAAUAUAUAUUAGACAUUAUUAUCCCGGAGUUGGCCAAUUUGAUUUCGAUUGCUGAUAAUCAAAAUUUGGACUUGGCUCGUCGUAUUGUUGAUGCAUCCAUUAUCCGUGGAAAUUAUAGACGCGACGAUAUUAUUCAGCAAUUGUUUUUAAAAUUUGCCCCCAACUAUGAUUUAUCGAAUCCACAAUCAAGUACCUCGACAGAGUUUUUGGAAAACGCACUCCAGUUAACCGGCUCAACAUUGGGAAAUACUAGAGACGAUUGGCCAACUGCUGAAGAGCGAAGGCGUGCAUUGUUUUUGGAGAAAUUGAUGGAAUUGGAUUAUAGAUUUAUUAUUUGUGCAUGGUUGAACUUUAUGGCUUUACCUGUGGAAAGGUUUGUACAAAUGUGCAUGCAUGGAGUGUUUUCGCAUGUGGUGGAGAAUGCUUUAGUUGUUGAAAAAGACGAGCCGAAAAACGUGCAAAUCCUUCGCAAAAGAUUUUUGAAUAUUUUCCAAGGUAAUAUUGUUACCUUAGCAUGCAAUUCCUAUGGUUCUCAUAUCGUUGAUAAAUUGUGGAAUUUCACCGUAUUCUUACCGAUGUAUAAAGACAGAGUCGCUUUAGAGUUGAUGGGCGAAGCUACCAAAGUGAAGGACAGUAAUUAUGGUAAGUUGGUUUGGAAGAACUGGGGUAUGGAAUUGUUUGCUAGGAAGAAAUACGAUUGGAAGCUGUUGAUAAAGGCCCAAGAAAAUGAAUUUUUAGGUGUUGAUGAAGACACUGAGAGACCAUUGAAGCCAAUCGAAUUGAAAAUGAACAACUUGGCGCGUGAGCGUAAAGAACAACAAGAAAGAGCCGAACAAGCACAAAUGGGUUACAACAAGCGAAAGCUUGAUGAAUUGACCGGUAAUGGUGAAAAGAGACAAAAAGUAAGGGGCCGUAGACGUGAAUAA